AAUUGAAAUGUUUAUGGCCGGACGUGAAGCGCGCCAGUUAUUACAGAUUUCUGAUGAAGCCUUGUCGCUGGCAAUUUAUCUAAACCUCUGCCCAUUAGCGGGUUAUUCGCUGGCUUCGAUCUAGCCACUGUAUCUAUGGAGAGAGUCCAACCACCCAAGACUCUCCGUUUUUAUCUAAUUAGGUAGUCAAAACAAAAAAUAGAGAAUAGAGAACGCCGUAUAAACUGUGUCACUAAACAAAAAUCCGAGAGGCAGGGGAGGGGCGCGGUGGAGCUCAACUUUGCCCAGAGAAUUGUGUCAAAUAGAUAAAAAGAAAAACGAUGCCAGCGGCAACGACUGCGACAACGACGAUGGUGGCAAUGUUGAUGAUGAUGGUCGUGGAGAUGGUGAAUGGUCAUAUCGCUAUAACGAUGGAUGAGGAAGGCGUCGGGGCAGCCACUCCUUUCAGCACAAUAAUUAUAACCUCGAUUCCCCAGCUUAAUGGUAGAGAACUGGCCCCGAAAAUUGUGGAGCAUUUGAAUAAUUUUACAAGAAUGCAAUCAACGUGAAAACAGAACGCAAAAGAAGAGAUUGUCAAAUGAAAGAAAAAAGACAGAAAAAGUAGGCGGUGGCUUUUGUUGAUUUAAAUGGCACCCGAAAUUCCGAGAGGGAACUUUGGCUAUAUGGACAACUAUUCAAAUUGAGGUCAUUCAUCUCGCUUCGUUGAGCGCGCUUAAGUGAAUUAUGUAUACGUAGUGUGUAUAUGUAUAUCUAUGUAUGUGUGUGUGGUCCGUGUGGAUAGGGAAUCGGAAUCGGAAUCGGAGGUCUGGAGCAUUUGAAGGCGGGUCAGCAGCUCGGAUGAGCAUGUGAAUGGGAAAAAGAAAAAGAAGAAAUUAUUCCCCCGAAGGUGGUUCCAUUUACACAUUGUGGAAAGCCUUUCUCCAAGUCCCCGCUAAUUGCCCGCAAUUUGCCAUUGGAAUCUGUCAAUCGCCCGCUGUUCGAAAAAUCCACGCAAUCUGAUUGACUCGAGAUCGACGCCCUCCGCUUAGGAUUUCCAUAAAUAUUUGCCAGCACUGGAAUUUUGAUAUUUCUUGACGUUCUCCAUCCGACUCGUUUCGUUUCGUUUCGAUUCGGUUUGGUUUACUUUGGUUUAGUUUUAUUUCGUAUCGAAUCGUAUCGUAUAGUAUCGGUAUCGUUCGCCUGGCUUUAUUUGAUUUUCUUAUGGGAGUAGGUCAGUUCAAAAUUUGCAUAUAUGGCUGCCUUUGAUUUCUCGCUCGAUUUUUUUAUUCAUAUUCUGACUGUUUGCCCUGCCCCAAAAACGUAAAUGUGCGAACACGUGCUAUACGUACGAUGGUUUUCUUAUCCAUCUACUUGUUUGGAUUUAGUUGUAGCGAUUAUUGGUUAUAAAAUAAGCGUAGAUUUUGCUUUAUCUGAAGUGGGUUGGAUGUGGGUGUGUGAUGUGGACAUACCGAGGAGUUGGGUCAAUUGCAAGGUAAAUAGAGUGCAACAAUGAAACAGUUUGUCUAGCCAUUAUGUAACUAAAAUAUGUCUAUAAAUUCGAUUUGUUAAACGGUAAAGCUUUAGUUGAGAUUCUGAAAUAUUGCUGAAAGCAUGAAGUUGGCUCUGGUACUCUUGGCAGGACUCUGCAUCCUCAGUGAUUAUUUCACUUCCGGACAGUUUUACACCUACAAUGCAGAUGAAAUAUGCAUAUGCUCGGGUCAUUUGGUGAACGAUUUGGUUCCUGACUGCGAAGAUUGCGCCGGUUACUACAUUUGUGGCGAUGGCUCCUACGAGAAGGUGAAGUGCCCUCAGGGUCUUAUCUUCGACAUUUCCUUGAAGACCUGCGUGUUGGGUCAGUGUCCAAGAUUCGAUGGCACUUGUUCAGCAAACUCUACCGUCCCUCCGCCCGUCACCACGACCACAACCACAACGACUUCAGGACCUUGUGACAAUAAUGUGACGUGUCAAUUGGAAGAAAACAGUAUCCCCCAUCCGGAUCAUUGUCGAAAUUUUUACACCUGCUAUGGAAAAUGCGCCGUUUUGGGACUCUGCGAGCUGGGAAAAUGGUUCGAUCGGGAGAGAAAUGUGUGCGAUUAUUCCUAUAGUGUCACAAACUGUCCCGCCAACCAGGACUAAGACACGCCACUUUUAGGUAUUAAAGAAUAUUCUUUUCUUGAAUUUAUUCUUCCUCAUAUUGUUACCUACGUAUAUCUAUUGUUCGCCUAUGAAAAUCCAUCAAUAUUAUAUCAGCAAAAGUAAAUACUUGUGCUUUAUUACCAAGUUGUGAUUGGUGACGGACUACAAGGGGACUUAAAGCUGCAAGAAAAGUAAAUUAACUGUGGACCAACUGCCAUCGGGGCAAGAUUAAAUCAAAUAAAUAUGUGUCAUGGCAAAUCGAAGUGAGGCAAAGUUAAUUUGAACGGACAUUAAACUGCAAUUGUACUCAUGAAUAGUCAGCGAAUAGGCAAAAAUCCAACAACAUGGCGAUAAUUUACGCAAAUUGCUUGACACAAUUUUGCAGUUCAUUGUUAUUGUUGCUUCUACUAUUAUUGCUGUUAUUGUUGUUGUGUG